UGUCGCUGAAGAAGGUAUCUACAAUAUUCCACAUACCACAUAUGGCUUUAAAUAACACUUUAUGUCAUGUUACAGGGUAAAAAUAAUAUUAGCUAAAGAAAUAGUUGAGAACUUAAUUACGUGGCCCUAGGUUUCAACUUAUGAUUUGUGAACGCAAGGUGUCAUGGAAGUUUAGUGUCCCAAGAGAGAAACCAGGGAGGACGAUCGAGACGUUAUUAUAUUGCAACCCUGGCAUGAAGUAGCUGGUCAUUGUUUGACGGUCAGUUCCAACUAACCAUGGAGACGGUGGAGAAGACCAGUACAGAUGCCAACAGCAGGGAGGGUGAAGACAAACAGCCUGACCAGUCAGCUGGACGACCACUGACCACACCACCAUGCAAGGAGAGUACAGAGUCCGACAGUCACACCAAAGAAAAAGAUGAACUUGUUAAAACCGAAACUGUUGGCAUGGAACCAAAGGUUACUUAUAGUAACAUGACUGCUUGCAGUCUUUUGGACCCCGAGUCCUUGGAAGAGUUCAUUUUGCAGCCGGCGCCAGGAACUGGCCGCACUAAAACUCCCGACUCAAGUCGGCCUAAGAGCAGCAGUAGUGGAGAGAUUAUGUUUGAGGCAAAGCGAAGACGGCGGAAAGUUGCAUCGGGACCAAAUGCUCAUACAGUGACAUUUACUGUUAAUAUUGCCAUGGCGAUACCAACAGUAAAAGACAAGUCUGGACGAUCUCAUCGACAGGGGACGCCUGUCCAACCUCGGGUGGAGGAUGAUUGUCAGCCUGACAUCAAGGAGAUGCUGAAGAAGAAGAAGCGAGUGUUUGAGGCGCCACGGGCCCAGAACUACUACCACAUAGAGUACUACCUGCUUCCAGAUGAAGAGGAACUCACCAAAACCGAUAUCGUCACGUACGGCAUGGCAGCCAAGAUCUACAUGGAGAGACAUGACCCUAGGGUCAUCAAGACGUGGCAUGAUGGAGACGUCACGUGGGUGGCCUGGGCCAACACACACAUUGUGACAGUGACAACGGAUGUGCUUCUCAAGAUGUUUAACCACAAGCUUGAACUCCGUGUAUGGGACACAAAGGAUAAAGUCUCCACCAGAGCUAGAUUUGAUCGGCCGAAGGCUUUCCGACUCCCACAAGCAAAAGCAGGCAAACAACCACCCUGUGGCGAGGACCUUGAUGAGAUCGGUGGGGUGAAGGCUAGCGUGUUGAAGCAGAGCGGCAGUUUCGCAUGCCUGCAGCCCAAGAAAGGGGGUGCAGUCCGUCCACUGCCGGUCACCAUCACCUUCCCAAAGUUAGACAGAGGAGCCAAGAGGAAAGGCCGCUUCAGAGGUGGGGACUCGGAUGACUUUGAUGAUGACAAGAUGAUGUCCGACACAGGUCAACGUGACCUUGACAACAAAGGGGAAUCCCCGCGCUGCCCGCCUCAGCCUGAAGAGGCUGCCCCCAACCCCAGCCCAAACACCCUUAUAGCCGUAGCUAACCGGGACCACGGAGGACAGGACGUCAGGACAUUCAGUCGGCUGGGCAAGCUGGCCGGAGCGGAGAGUCCCACCCAGUCCCCCAACAAGGAGCUCCGGAUCAGUCAGCAGAGUGCGGAGAAGCUUCCUACGGGGAAGUCCAGGAGUCCGACCCAUUCCUCCAAGUCCAAGAAGAACCAAGGACAACACAGCCCACAGGCGAGGGCACAGUCCGCCCCCCGUUGUGGAGAGAUGGACGGCAAGUCUACAGGGAGCCCCCAACAUCCCAGGGAUCGGGAGAGCACCGUGAAGAAACGCAGCAAGAAAGCCGAAGCUGCUGUUGCAGAAGCUGCGGAGAACAUCAAGAAGUUCGGCAUCUGUGUCGUCCCAAUCAGGAUGUCGCUGUUGUUUGCAGGCAUGAAGAGUUUGACUGGGCGGCUGCAGAAAGCUGUACCUGGCAUAGAGGAUGUGUUCAUCUCGGUGGCACUGGACAGUGCACUCAUGACUGACAAGCAGAAGGCAGACCUCAACCCCAUGAUCAUCAAGAUCCAGUCUGCCACAAACCUUCCAGAAACACCCAUGUCCUACCAGGAACUGCAGACAAGAUGCAAGCCAGUGUACUGUAAAUACCAGUUCUUCAAACAGCCCGUUCACGUCACCUUGGGAAAAGAACAUGCUCGCAACAUCUACUGGGACGACAUCAGCGUAGCCCUGCUAGGCACCAUGGAGCAGUCCGAGCUAAGGGAGUACCUGAACGGUCCGGCGCUGGAGAUCCAGGUGCAUGAUCGUGACCGAAAGGAGGAGAAUGUCAAGUUGAAGCCCACAUUGUUCGGGGAUGACCUUGAAGAUGAAAAGAUCAGCAGUGUUGGCACAGUCACCAGUCGCAGAACUCUGCACAACCCAUUCCAGGGCCGCAACAAGCCCUGGGACCCAUCUGGCUUGGCCCAGGUGGACCUGUCCGAACUCCUGCUGGGCCACCGCUACCUGCACCUGAAGCUGCCCAUCCAGAACGCAGCCAUUCCGGACAUGCUGGGCAGUGAGACGAGGCCAGACGGGCGGGUCAUCGGCAUCGCUGGAGCUGUGGACGGGCCAGUUGACCGCCCACUGUCCACGGGUCACUACCAGAAUGCCAGCGCCACUUUGAAAGUGAAGAUUGAACUUGCUUUUCCCCUCACAACACCAUCUCGUGUCUCUGCCAAAGAACCCUUACUCAGCACUAAUGAGUGUCCAUUUGGCCGCAUUGUUUUCCUGUUUGACUACAAGAAUGUGAUGAUGCUGCACAAGCUCCAGAGCCUCAUCACCAGCAUCAACGCCCAUGCCCUGGAGCUGGACGACAUGCCGCAACACGUCAUCAACGCCGCGCUCUCCACCUACAAGCUCUCAGCAGAGCAGCAGGAGAGCCGUGAGCUGGACAUCAUCACCGGCUUCCAGGUGCUGGACGGGAACAUGCAUCUUUUUGUGUUGGAGGGACUCCGGGACAAGGCCGUGCAUGUACUGUGGGAGGCCCUGCCCCAGCCACACGACUCAGAUGUGACAGUGCUGUUCAACUCGGACAUGUUGUUCAGCAGCCGCCUGUAUGGCCCCCUGGACGUUGACCUGUGUCGUGUGAAGCUCCAUGAGCCGCUCUCCAUCAUCACCCAGCAGUCCUUGCUGUACGUCAGGGACAUGGUCCCUAAACCAUGCUUCCAGGCCCUGGUCAAACUAGAGCAGCUGUGCAGACUGAAGAAGUUCCGCGAUGCCAUCAGAAACAGCUUGUUCCCCACGGCCGACAUGGUCAUCUCCAUGAGCAGGGAGUUUGGUGUGCCAUUCACGUCCGAGGACUUCCAAGAGCUGCAGCCAGAGGUUGAGAAGGAGGCUGUUACCAUAGAGGAGAGGCCGUCUGCACCCCGCCCCUUCACCAGUCGGGAAUGGACCCCCAUCGACAACUUCAACCUGGAGUACGUGGCAGGUAUCGCUGACAGGGAUGGCCAGAGACAGCACCACAACUACCUCAAGGAGAACAUGGACGAUGUGCAGGAGCAGAGCAUCAAGAACAAGCUGGAGCGUGACCGGAACAGGCCUCAGACCAUCAAGGCCGACGUCACCACGGCCCACAACUACAGCUCUCAGACUCUCAACUCCACAGAGCUCGGUCGGGAGAAGCUACGCAAGAGUCUGGCCUCGAACCCGGACACCAGACACACCUACUGCCAGGACUACCACCACUCCAUGACUGUCGUCCCCGUCAACACCGAGGCUCUCCAGAAGGAGGCUGAAGAUAAGGCCAAGGCUCAGUGGAGGACCGAGUCCGGCUUCGUGUACCCAGGGAUGAAGAGCAUGCAGGAUAGCAACAUUCACCCUAAACGCCCUGACGAGGCUCGGUCUCAGGAACUUCAUGGGCCCUGGCGGGAGAAUCUGCUUCAUGUCAACAUCCUACAACCUCCGUUAUCUCGAGAUAACUAUCCAUGGGACUACAGGCGAGUCGACCUUGAACUCUACCGCCGUCCACCACCACGUUUUGGUAACGAGCCAGUCACCAUUCAUCUUGCCGGAGAGAAGCUUCGUCAGGAGAAACUGGCAGCUAAGAACCAGGAUCUUUCUUCAUGGAGAUCCAAGAUCGUUGUGGAUGACAUACGUCACUAUGCACAUAGAUGCCUGCCAGAAACAGAGAUGAAAGGUCUUGGGUUCUACUCCAGUAACCAGGUGGACAGACUCCGAGGUCUUCUCAAAGAUUCCCCAGCCAAGUUUACUCUGAGGCGUCCUGGCCUCGCCUUGAAUGAGAUCCCACCUCUCAGCGUUGUGCUCAACCCGAGCGUGGACACAGAUGCUCGGGCGGCAGGGCUUCCCAUCUACCCAGCAGUCAGAGGGGAAGGGAUGGAGAGUACCAGGGGAUUCAAACCCGGACCGUUCGAGGGAAGACGAUGGCAGCUUGAGAAGAAUAAGAUUCCUGUGUUUGACUAUGAGCAUCAGAGGAUUGCCAGACUCAAGGGCCAGGAUUUCAAUGUCUACCACACAAACAGGAACAAUCUGUGGAAGAGGGAAAUCAAUCCUCUCUCAGCAGAUGACAGAGACAACCAUCUCUUCCGCAUUCCAGACGACCCAGACGUCUGGGGGCCAGUAGACAACACAGGAUUUGACCUUCAAAGGUCAUACACUCAGCCAAUCAUCAGCCACACUGCAGGGAUGACCUUGAGCUCCCAGUCACCUGAUCUCAUCCACCAUACAAAGGUCAAGAAACAAAUGGAAGUCAUUGCCAGUUGAGGAUUUUAAACUCAGUUAGCGAUAUAUAUCUCUAUAUAUUUUAUAUGUGUUUUUAGAUUUUGACUGCUGCAAAUGAGAUUUUGUACUUAUGAAGUGCUUUAAAUUUUACUCCAAAGAUUUGCUGUAAUUGUUCAAUGUAGUUUUAGUUUUUUUGCUCAAUUUCUGUACAUUUGUAUGGACGUUGAAGUAUUUACUGCGACAAGUGUACUUAAAAGCUGUUUUGAUCAAUCCUGAAGUUGAGUGUGAUCUUGUGCAAUGUGCAGAGCAUUUCUGUGAUUAUCUUAGUGUGAUAUUUGAUCAAUCUGUUCUGAUCUUAUGUGAUACCUGACGAAAGUAAAUAGAAAAAUGCAAUAUUCUAUUUCUUCCUGGCCUGCUGCCAUUUUUUAUGCCAAUAAUUGUUUCAUUAAACCAUUUAACAAAAUCCAGCUAUGUCGAUUUAUCAAAGUAAUUUUAUUGUUCACUGAAAUUCAAGUACAAUUUAUUGUUAGUUUGAGAAGUCAUUUCUGAUCAGAACUCAAAUUUUUUUAACUUCAAAUUCACUUAAUGUUUUACCUAACUAAACAAAUUAGUUAUCUUUGAAUCAUGGACAAUUUUAUUAUAACUAAUGUUAACAUAAUCAUUGUAUUUAACAAUUUGUUUUCUUCAAGCGGCACAUAAUGUUUGUUGUUUGAAGUCAUGUAUAUACUGCUGGACUGUCCUAAUAUGCAGAGUGAUAUUUAUUGUGAUCUCAAAGAGUAUAUUUUUUGGAUUGUGUACAUUGUGUAUAUAACUACCCUGAGAUAGGGUCUCCACCCUUGAUACCAAAUCUGUGGUACCAUACUGCUGAAGUGUAUAGUAUUGUGUCAUGUAGACUGUGUUGUAAAUACCAAUACUUAUACCACUCAGUGAUUGCUAAGGAUAUGGCAGCUAGAACCAACUUUACUUUGAUAAUCUGGGUGGUGGGGUAGCCGAGUGGUUAAAGUGUUUGCUCGUCACGCCGAAGAUCCGGUUUGAAUCCCCACAUGGUACAAUGUGUGAAGCCGUUUUGUGGUGCCCCUGCCGAUAUGUGGCUGGAAUAUUACUAAAAGCGGCAUUAAACCAUACUCACUCACUCACUCACUCAUUCACUCACUCACUCACUCACUCACUCACUCACUCACUCACUCACUCACUCACUCACUCACUUUGUGAUAAACACCUACAAAAUGAGUGAGUUAAAAUUAUAAUAUUGCAUCAACAGUGGUUCAACCAUGAACUGACGACAGUGAAUUAGUCACGUACAUGGAAUGUGUCAGACUUCAUUUUAAUGUUGAGGUGGCUCCAAUGGUUUUUUUCUAAUCAAGGGAGCCCUUCUUUCUCUCACAUUCAACAUUAGGGUCACGAAACGGCCACCUUGCGUUAUUGUUCACUGCUUGGAGAAUGGGGUACAAACACGCACCUGAUGAGAGAUUAUGUUCCUGCAUGACACCCUUCCUCAAGCAAUUUAGUGCACUUUAUUACAUGCAUAUCCUUAUCAAUGUUUGAGUGGUAUGUGAUAUGUACUCCUAUAUAGUUAGUUUGUAUGUAUAGAGUCUUAAACGUGGUGUAUCUGUAUGCUAGAACCUUGCUGUUACCACAACCGUACAGCCCCAACUCCACUGUGUAUGUUUUGAAUUUUGCACAAGUAACUGGACUUUCGUUGCAUAUAUAAACAAGCUGGUGAAGCCGACUAACAUCCUUAUUUGUAACAGAUGUUAAGUUAAGUAUGCGUUAACUGACGCAACAAAAUACUGCAUAAUCAGAUAAACUAUACAGCCUGAAAAUUCAAAUAAGUCAAUAAAUAACCAGGAAUAAAUACAACACAAAUGUAAUGCAUGGAAAUUUUAUGCGGCACAUUUGUAAAACAUGCGAAUCCUCAAUUUCUUGUUUCAAUGACCAUGCUGCAUUUGUACUGGCCCAUAUAUUUGUACUGCACAUGCAUUUUGUGUGAUAUGAUCGUUGUAGCCACGACAGCCAUAAUGCACAUGCUAUGAAUUAAUGCAGAGCUUACAAUUUGUAAUACAGAAAGUAGGUCAGUAAGCUGUCAGUUUAUUACAGAUAAUCUACAGUUACAGCUAAUACAAUGGCUGUAUUUUGUAUAAUAGUCUCUAACACAGGAUAAAGCACGUCCGAGGGUUUUUAUGAUAUUUAAACGCUUUUCCAUGGUAUAAAAGCAAUCAGUUUUGUUCCAAAGAUAAGGGUUUAAAUGUCAUAAAACCCCGAGACGAAGUGUUUUAUGUAACUUACAAAUCAAAAAAGAACAUUAAAACAACAUUUAUCAACAUUUUUAUGUUUCAAACAUAUUUUCCAGGAACCUUAGGAAACAGGCGUAAAUAUCUGUUGCUGGCGUACGGUACUUCAAAAAGACGUUCUUAAAACCAUUUAUCAGCGCCUCUGUAGACUUGUGGCACACUGACUGGGGUACAGAUACAAAGGUUGCGUGUUCCAUCCACGGGAAUAUAAAGAAAAAAUUUAAAGAAAAUCUAAACGGAAGUUAUAUCAAUAAAAUCCCUGAGACAUUGUUUAAAAUCCUCGGGAUAUUAUAUGAAAUCCUGAGGAUAUUAUAGAAUCCCUCUUUAUGAGAUAAACCCACUGGAGAACAAUAGGAUGACGCCACUGGAGGUUUAAAGGUCCGGGGGUUGUAUGGUUGUGCCGACAGCGGCCUGCAUCAGAUCAGGGCCCACUUGCACAAAGAGAUCUUAGCGCUAAGAUGAUCGUAACUCCAAUACUUUAACAUAGGCUUACAAUAGUCUUAGCGCUAAGAUCGCUUUGUGCAAGUGGACCCAGGACAUUACUCCAGUCUUUGUAUAUUUGUUUAUCUGUCUCACUAUUGUAUAUACACAGCGUAACUCACAACACCUGAGGCCCUGCUGUUGUGAUACAAACAAUAUAGCUGUUCUAUACAGUAAAUGAAGUAAUAUUAUGUGUAUAUUCUGACAGUAGUGAAAGACAUGGGACUGAAUUCACUGACACUCACAUUCUAUUUGGUUUUUUUCUCAUUUCUGUAGUUCCUUGCAGGUUCAUUUCAUGAUCAUGUUUAAUAUCAACCUAUUUAUGCUUGAGUGUAAUAGAUUUUUGUGAGCUUGAUAACAGUUGCUGAUAAGAAAAAAUAAAUGGUAUGGAAUUUUAACUUACUUACAUCAGGAACCCAUUCCUCACAGCGAUCAUGAGUGCUGUAAGUCUGUGUUAAAGUGUCAGAGUUAAGAUCGUCUUAACGCUACAAUCGCUUUGCGGAACAUGGCCCAUGACGUUAGAAUGAGUUAAAAUACAGUGGGGUACCGAAACUCAUUUCAGUCACAAUUCCUUAUGUCAAUUCAUGUUCGAAAAACUGCCAAAUUUUAGUAAUCGUGACUUGUCCAAUAGAUACUUCCUUGCGGUUCAUGAAUUGUGGGGGGGCACGGGUGGCCCAGUCGUCUAAGGCGCCGCGAUUCGCUGUGCAGAGUUGCGUCCCUUGGGCACACCAGAAACCUAUGAUUGUGGGUUCGAAUCCCGGUUCGCCCCG